GCCUGCGCCUCUGUCCCCAGCCCAGAGGAAGGGGGAAGCCAGGGGCCUGUUUGGGGGCCCAGUCCCCGAUCCCACCCAGCAGAGGAAGCCAAGGUCGGGUGACUGCAAUUGCUCCUGGUCCCGGAGAGGAAACUGAUUUUCAGCUGAUGAAGUAGCUCGGAGGCUCAAACCCCAUCUUGUCUGGGUCCAGGACAAGUGACUUGGAGUGCGUCUCUUCCCUGGCAGGGUAUACUCUGCCUUGCCAGGAUCUGGAGACCAAUAAGAAAACUUCUACCUGAGUCAUGAAGUGAAACAACAGGUCCUGUCUAAGGGCGAAGGUUGUGCCUGCUCCAUGGACGGGGAGCUUCCUCUCCUGCUGACCCGACUCCUGUUAGACUGAUGGCAGGCAGGCCAGACGGGUGGCAUGAACACGUGUGGAACGACGAGGUUCCUGCACUGAAGGAUGUGGCAGGAAUGUAGAAGCUGAGGUGUGGAGGGAGCUGGAAAUGCCGAUGGUGUUUACAGUCCCGGUUACUGACUCCUUCCCAGCACCAGGUCUGACCAGGCAGGAUGGCGCAGGAUCUCAGUGAGAAGGACAUACUGAAAAUGGAGGUGGAGCAGCUGAAGAAGGAAGUGAAGAACACGAGGGAGCCGAUUUCGAAGACAGGAAAAAACAUCAAGGAUUUUGUGGAGACCCAAGCAGCAAAUGACCCUCUUCUCAAAGGCGUCCCUGAGGACAAGAAUCCCUUCAAGGAGAAAGGUGGCUGUAUGAUUAGCUGACGGCCCCAGAGCCCCAAGUAUCUGCCCCUCCUUACCCAGGACCACGUGCCCUAGGGCAUCUAGAGAACCAGUGGGUACCCCCUGUCUUAGAGAAUAAGUGAGGAGACCUGGAUAAGCACAUUGUGAACCUACUCCCCAAUCCCACCUUUCUCCCAUCAUCUCCACCUGCCGGGUCACGAGGACCCCCAGGAGAGCUCUGCUGGCUGAACAGCUGUCUCUGUGGGUGUGUGGGGGGCUGUGUGUGUGAAGAGCCUACAGUAACCGCCAACCAGAGGACAGACCUUAGGAAGCAUCUGCUUCUCCCUCGGAAGCAUCUUGCCCCUCCCCUCCCUUUCCCCCCAACACUCUCAUCUAGAAGAACAGCACAUCUCCCUCAGAGUAGUUUGAGUAGGGGGCUGGGCUGGGGGGGGUCCUUUUCCCCAUCUCACGGUCUAUCUUGUAGUCCUCUUCCCAGUCAUGUAGCUCACCCCAGGUGGGUUGAUGAUAAAAAGCGUUUGUGAA